CCUCGAUAAGUGUGGUGUGGAAGGCCGCGGGUCUCACAAUGGGUAAAUUUUUCGGAUGCUAGCUCCUCGACGAGCCGCACAUCAUCAACGUCGGAAAGGAGGGCCACUGUGAAACAUUGCGGUGGGUGAGGUGCCCGCUGCAAUGUUCGCAUGGCGGGGGGAAGCCCAGCCUGGAGUCCGCUGCACCCGAGCCCGGGCUUUCUGCUCAAGUGCGGCAAGGAGCACGAGAAACUCAAGCUCCGCAUCCGCUCGCAGCUACAGAGCCACAUGCUGAGUCUGUUCGAAGACGGACUCUUUUCGGAUGUGACCAUCGAGUCAUCGACAGGCGACUCUUCCGAGGGGCUAGUGUUGAAAGCGCACAAGGCAGUUCUCCUGGUGAGGGUGCCUGCCUUCUGGAAGCUUCUUGUUGAGAAGUGUGCAGUCUCUGGCAAAGGCACCAAUGAGUUUGCCGUGCCUCUUGACAAGGACCUGUUGCGAGACUUCCUCAGGAGUGUCUACUCUGAUGAUGACAUUAGAAAAAAGGAACAUGACAUCCUUCGGGCCCUAUGUGCUCAGGAUGGCCCUCCGUCCACUGACGAUGAAGGUGGGGACGAAGACUUUCAGGACAUGACUGGCGAGACAAAUACUGAAGAAGGAACUCAAGGAGCAGCAGAGAACACUGCACCCAGUGGGCCAGGCGGGGACGUUGAUGAUGCUCCAAGUGGUUCAUUAGGUCAAAUGGGUGCUGAAGAUUCACUGGAGAAUUUCCGUGCAUGCUUCGUAAGUGACAGUGAUGGCCUUUGCACAGAGGGCCAUGCCCCAACAACCAGUAACAUGGAAGAGCCCUUGGAUAGCUUAUGUGACAGCAGCCAAGUGUACGACGAAAGUCAGGCUUGCGAUGACGUAUCGGAGAGCCGGGACGAGUGUUCUGUCAGCAUGAACAGCAGCAUGGUGCGGAGUGGUACGUUUGAUCUGCAGAGCCAGAUGCCGCUCGAGGUUGCCAUUGAAAAAUGGAAUGGGGAUGAGGCUACAGCUCUGAUUGGGGCUCGGGAGUGUGAGGAGGAACGAGCAAAUGCAGGACCAAAAGCCGUGGAUGAUCGUAAGGCAGAUGCAAAAUUGUGUACAGAGCAAGAUGGAAAGUCAUUGGCUCCGAUGCCGGCGUUCUUCUUACAUGAAAAAUCGUCUGCUCCUAUGCCAGUCUCAUACCAAUGCCUUCCCCGGACACCCAAGGUUGCCAGUCAUUUGGGGGAAAGGGAGGGCUCUGCUGGUGCCUUUGGAAUGAAUGAUUCCGGCUUUCUUUCCCAGAAUACAUCAGUAACUGAGACAGUGGCUUAUGACAGCCUCAAUGAGACAGGGGAAGCACCCUCAAGAAGUGCCAUAGAACCAAGUGAAAGUAGGCCCAGCCAGGGACGCCAUUCAUCUGGUGCUUUGUUUCCCUUUUACAUUGACAUGAAUAGAACAAGAGCAGAAGAAAAGCAAUCUCAGCCGCAGCGAGAGCCCUCAAACCAGGGUUCCUCUUUAUAUAUGUACAUAGAUGCUAAUGGAGACGCCAGUGCUGGCCAGGUGCAAAAGAGAUCACCGUCAAGCAAGUCCAAGGCAGAUAGCGAUUCAUCCAAGCGGCCCCAGUCCUGUUACAUGUAUGUUGACUUUAACGCAGUUCGCCAUGAAGAAUCUCAACCCGAUGAAAAGUCGUCUUCACGCACAAUGCCACGAACCCUGUCGCUUUCUAUGUUCAUUGACAUCAAUGAUGAGCACAGCGACAGUGUUGUCUGUGCCCAAGAAGCCUACAGUAACUACCAGGGAAAUCCUGCAAAAGAGGGUGAGAAUGCUGUGGAGAGACAGCGAAGCAUCGUUGAACACCGCAUGUGGGAGCACUUCGAACGUGAGGAGAUACUGGUCGUAUCAGAGGAGAUCCCUACUACUCCACAGCCCACAAGGCCUGUUGUUGGGGGUGAUGUGUCUUCUCCUAGGCGGGCCACAGCCGACUAUAUAAAAGUCCAGCCUUCUGAAGUCUGCCUGCUACCAAUGAGCCCUAUUCUCCGGCGCAAGACAAAGCCAGAGCCCGUGAAGCCAGCUCCUAGGACUUUACCGGUAAAGUCGUCCACACUGCCGCAAGAUGUUUAUGCCAUGACCUUUCGCAGGCCUGAGCCAUGUGGUGGGGAGGACAGUGAUUCCCUUGAGCACGAGAGUGACAAAGAAGGUGAUGUGCCAAAAAAGGAUUUGCUACCAAAAGCGGAGGAGGAGGAGACAGCAGCGGCAGUGGUUGAAGGAAGUGACAGUGCAUCAGGUCCAUCAACGUUGCUUGUUAAGAAACCAGAACCAGACAUUCCUGUGAUGAAAGCACAGACAGGUGAAGUCCAAGAGCCCCCUGCAGUCACUGCCAAAGAAUCUAUAACCAGGCCCCCAUUUUCGCCUGUAGAUGGCGAUGACGAUUCAGAGACUGUAUACUCAGAGGUGUCUGAAGUGAGUUGCCUGUCAAGCAUCGACAAGCGAAUGCAAGAGUCAGGCUGUAGCCCCGAGAGGCUGGGUGCUUGCUCCAAGCUGGGAGACGACCUGCUCAGGAUGUUCAUCGGGCAGGUGGAGACGGACGUCACAAUUCGUGUGGAAGGCAAGGACAUCGGUGCACAUAGGUUUAUUCUGGCAUCACGGUCCGACUACUUCUCACUUAUCUUCAGGAAGGAAUUUGCGACUGAGGAGAGUGAGACAAUUAGCAUGGAUGGGUUCACACACGGUGCAGUAGUAUUUGCCCUUCACCACCUGUAUGGCGGCACGGCUACCCCUCCACGGGAGGUGCAUGUCUCCGAGCUGGCUCUGCUGGCUGAAGUGCUCGGUGUCGACAGCUUGCGGCGGGUUGUGGUAUCCCACGUGCGCACCUACUACUGCCACUUCUUCCAUAAGCCUUGCAGUCAGUGCAUAGCAGGUGUGGCUGAAUGCCUGCAGAUGGCACCAUGCUGCAGCGGGCUGCGGGAGUUGCAGAUACGAGCUGUACAGUGGGCAGGACGCCACUACGUUCGUGUCUGGCCUCAUCGGGCCUUUGCUACUGUUCCCGAGCACUGGCAGCAGCAGUGCUAUGCAGCCACACUACAAGCACUCACGGUGGAGACAGCUGUUGACAUGGCCCUCAAUUGUGAGCGUCUGUCUGUGACUCUGCCACGGGUGCGGUGGGCCGAGUCAGCCUUGUCCCUGGCCAAGCGCCUGUUGCACGACUGUGUGGGCCUCAUGUCACGGGAGUUUGACCAAGUGCUUCUGAGCAAGUCCUUUCUUGACCUUGGAAAGGGCCAGAGCUGGAACAUCACUGCUCUUGAGGACACAUUGCUGGCAGCAGUGGAAGGACUGACCCCCGAUGCAGCCUGUUUGUCAUGCAUUGCCCUUGCACGUCUACUGCCUGAAGAUGACAGCCAACAAGUACAGUGGACACAAAACUUCACUGACUUGCUGCGGAAGAUUCAGCGGCAGUGUGAACGGUUUCUCAUCCACAAUGCCAAUCGUGUGGUUCACUGCCAGAGCUGGUCAUCCCUUUCUCCUCAACUUCAAAAAAAGAUCAGGGAUGCUGCUGUCAUUGUGUUUGAGUUUGAAAAGCCUAUUGCUCCACCACCAAGGCUGUCCAGCUUACGACGGCCUCGGCGCAAGUCUGCAGGAGGUGCAGGGACUACAGAUACUGGUGGUGAAGCCUCGAAGGAUAGCGCAUCACCUUCGCCUGCUCGGAGGCCGCGAUCACUCGCUCGGGGUGUCUCGUCUUCCUCACCCAAGACAUCUGGCAGUGACUCAUCUGAGCUGCACGGGCCGACCCCGCUUUCAACAGCGGCAGCUUCUAGACCCACUGCUGUUACCAGGAGGUCAACUGCUGGCAGCACAGGUGGUCAGGAGGUGUCCAGCCAAGCAGACAGCAAGUGCCCUGCAGUGUCGCCAGUUGAUUCGAAAGCUGCUCUUACGGGUGCCAUGUCUGAAAGCCUUGAGAGCUACCGGGAGUCUUCAUCAGACUCUGGAAAAGAGCAGAUGCGGUCGGCCCCACGAAUCGAGAAGAAGAUGGCAAUUGGUGCUCGAAAUGCCAGAGCUCGAAUCACCAGAGGUGCUCGUUCAUCGCCCAACGUGCCGAGAGACCUUGGUGCAAGGCCAAAGUCGGUGGCAACGUGGGCUGCUCCCGCAGCCCACAGCUCCCCAGUUAAUGGUGGCAUUGCCGGCGAAAGAGGCAACAAUGUUGGCUCAAGCUCGCCGAUUCCCUUGACAGUCUGGGCCAACCCGCAGUCGCGGCCACCAACGCAAUACUUCCAGAGCCUGCGGCAGGUCCAGUCCAAAGUUGACUCGGGUCGGCCUCCUCAUCGAUGUUCGGGACAGGUUGUGCGUGUGCCUCCAUUCACCAUCAAGAGCGACGUGCCGGCCGCCACGGCUGCCGUGGAUGGUGGCACUGCUGCAGCAGAAGUGGUGAGACCGUCUGAUCAGCACCACAGCCUUCAACGUGGCAGCUCCCUGGGCAUUGCCAGCAACAACAAUAAUCUUGUGGGCAAUGGCGGUGGAAAUGGAGAGGAGGAAGAAGAUGCUUGCGACAAUUCCUCUGCUGCUACAGGCGAGCCUUCGCCUGAUGCCUCGCCGGACUUUGUGGCCGAGAUUGAUGCGGAGUCUAACCUAGUCAGCCACUGCCUUCAGGAGGCCGAGCUGCUGGAACGCGAGCUCUCUCGAAAGCUUCGCAAGCAGAAACGGGGCCCGGAUCCUGACGUUGUCCCCUACACGAGGCCCCCCGCGCUACGAGGUGGUGCUACGGCGUCUGCUUCUGGAGCGGCCUCUGGGAACCUGCCACACCGACGCCGCGCUGCUUCCACUUCCGAGACAAGGGCAAAGUCCAGUGGUGGUCCAUUGACUACUCAUUCGCGAGCUGCGUCGCUGCAUGGUCCACUGCCACCGUCAUCUGCAAGGAGCCCAUCGUCUGCUUCGGCAGCGAGAUCUACGCACAUGACUAGUAGGUCUCCCGGUACAGGUGGCCCCGCGAUGGUCGUAAGGAUUCCCGGAGUCUCUGCCCCAGCAAUGCACCUUCAGGGCAGAGCAGUCUCUGGGUCAGAGUCGAGACCACCGCAGAGGGUGUCUGGCAUCGCUGUGUCUACGAAGCCAAGCAUUCGCCGGUGAUGACUCUGUAAACUUUGAUUUUAACAGUAACAUAGUUCGCGUGAGUGGCAUCCUUGGCUAAAAA